AUGGUUCGGGCAUACCGCCGAAAAUCUCUUACAACAGCAGGAAUUGUUAUUGCUGUGAUUACAGGAAUUAUUCACAGCGCUACCGAUUCAUCUGUUAAUCUGGCUUUGCUCAUAGGCUUCUUUAUUACAGGAACGGUGUUCACGAAAGUGAAGGCUGAUGUCAAACGCUCGUUGACAGUUCACAUUGAUGAUAAGGGCUCAGAAUUUCAUGAGACUCGCAAUCAUAUUCAGGUCUUGGCAAACUCGGUUGUUGCCUCGAUUCUGAUAAUUAUCCAGCUCGCAAUUGACCGUCAAGAAUAUCCCAGAUAUUGGCAGGUGACUCAAGUAGGUAUUGUUGCCCAAUAUGCAGCAGUAACCGCUGAUACCUGGUCGUCUGAACUAGGCAUAUUAUCGAAGACGACACCUCGUCUUAUCACAACCUUGAAGCCAUGUCCUAAAGGCACCAAUGGUGGAGUGUCAGAGUUGGGUCUUAGAGUUGCUCUAUUUGGCGGUUUCUUCGUCGGCGGAAUAGCUUCUUUCUUUUCACCGGUCUCGCUGAUUCCUCACAAUGGUAGCCCUGGUAUGGGAAUCCCCUCCCUGGGCAUAACUGAGUGGACGGUCUUGGAUAGGGCUCAAUUCAUAUUUUUCACUGGAGUGGUUGGUCUGUUUGGUAGCUUGCUUGAUUCUUUGCUCGGUGCACUCUUUCAAAAGUCUCUAGUUAAUCGUGAAGGCAAGAUUAUCGAAGUAGAAGGAGGAUAUCGUUUCAAAGAGGCUUCUCUUAAUAAGGUGGGUGACGUAAAAGCAUUCUCCGGUCUUGAUAUCCUGUCCAAUAAUCAAGUAAAUUUUGCUAUGGCAAUCUCGACCACAAUCUUAACUAUGAUUGCUUGGUGGACCCUGUUUUAA